AUUGCUUUGUUCUUGGAAACAUAGUGCAACAAACAACUGCAAGCAAAGCUCUACUAUACUCUUCAAUACACGACUACGUGAACGAUGGCUGACGAGUACGGCCGCAGCGGCUACGGCAGGUCCGGCGCCGGCGACGACUACGACAGCGGCUACAACAGCAAGUCCAGGACUGAUGACUACGGCCGUGGCGAAGGUGGCUACAACGAGUCCGGCGGCGACGACUACGGCCGCCGCAGUGGCGGCGAUGGGUACGACAGGUCCGGCGGCGACGACUACGGCCGUGGCACCGGCGGCGGUGGGUACAACAAGUCCGGCAAGGACGACUACGACGGUGGGUACAACAAAUCGGGCACCAACGACGACGAGUACGGCCGCCGUGGCACCGGCGGCGGGUACAACAGCAAGUCCUCUGGCGAUGACGCGUACACCGGCGGCGCCGGGUACAACAGCAAGUCCUCUGGCGACGACGACGCAUACACCGGCGUCGGGUACAACAGCAAGUCCUCUGGCGACGACGCAUACACCGGCGGCGGGUACAACAGAAAGUCCGGUGGCGCGGACGACGGCGAGUACGGUUCCUCCCGGGACGACGACGACUCGGAGAUGUACAGGAAGGAGGAGAAAGAGCACAAGCACAAGGAGCACCUCGGCGAGAUGGGCGCCCUCGCCGCCGGCGCCUUCGCCCUGUACGAGAGGCACGAGGCGAAGAAGGACCCGGAGCACGCGCAGCGGCACAAGAUCGAGGAGGGCGUGGCGGCGGUGGCGGCGCUGGGCAGCGGCGGCUUCGCGUUCCACGAGCACCACGACAAGAAGGAGGCCAAGGACGCGGCGGAGGACGCCGAGGAGGAGUCCGGACGCGGCGAGGGGAAGAAGAAGCACCACUUCUUCGGCUGAUGAUGGAGCUGCUGCUGCUCUUCGCUACUCCAACAAGCAGCAUGCAUGCUUGCAUGCAUGCAGCAGCCAGCUGGAGAAUAAAAAAACUCAGUGUAUCCGUUUAUGUAUGUAUGUAUGAUGAUGUGCCGGUAUCACUGUGUAGUUAUACUGUGAUGGUGUGUCUGUGUAUGCUGUUAGCUUUGUGCACUGUGGAGAGUACGUGUAGUGUGUGUUUAUUUGGUGCAUGGUUACGGACUUACGGUGUGCAUGGCUGCAUGUGCAUUUGCCUAAUAAGUUGUUUUUCACUCCUAUGUGGUAUAUAUAUGUAAAUGUUUUAAUUUUCACUUGA